AAAAAGGGGAUAUAUGGCUAUUUCUCCUUUGUCUUGCACGCAGUGCCAGUAGAGCCAAGCGUCAGCUCCAAUACGCAUGCAUCCGGAGUCUUUAUGGACAAUCAAUAGCUCUCACCGUGCAACAGACAGCGUUGGGAGGCUAUUUUUAAUACUGCGAGCUUUUUGGUAUGCCAUGCCAUAAAAACGUGAAUCAUUUAUAUGGUUCUUUUUUUUUUUUUUAGGCGGGGCGGGGCCGUCUUUUGCGUGCGUGCGUUUUGCGAUGACGCAGUGGUCAGGUGUCCUCUCAUAUAUGCGGAGGAGCUCUCCGACUGCUGCACUCACAACACAACAUAAAGCUGCAAGAGGACAUGCCCAACACCUCCACUGUUGUCUGAUCGGGGUUUUUUUUUUUCCAAAGGGGAUCACUUGCCUAUAAUAUGCUGCAUUUCCACCACAAGUUGCCCACGGGGGCAGCCGUGAUCCUGCUCGCCGUCCUCCUCCACGGAUGCGGCGUGCAGGCUGCGUCUCUCCCCCGCCACUUCCGUCUCCGAGGCGGCGACGGUGACGAAGGCCAGCCGGCCGGUUCCGACCUGCUCAAAGCUCUGGAGUACAUCGAGAACCUGAAGCAGCGUAACGGGGGUCGCCCCGGACCCGCGCCCUCUGACUACGAUGAAGUGGACAAGUUCAGAGUGUUGCUUCAGCUGGCCUCCCAGCAACAGCGGCAGAAGCAGGAGGAGGAGGAGGACGAGGCUCCCGCGGAGCGCCAGGACGUCACUGCGGAACAGCUGAUGAGAUCCCUGCUCAAGUCCCUCCAGGAUCAGGCCAAGCUCAGCCCCGCAUCGACGCCCCGCAAUGACCGCCGCCUACACAGGCAUCGCACCAAAGGCGCAGAAACCGUUCAGAGCUCACCAGCCGAUUACGCCAACUACCCGAGGCCCCACAAGAAGUACCCGCUGAUGUUUGAGGAUGAGGAGAAUACGGACGCCUCCAAGCGGGCUACAGAGGAUCUGGACCAGAAGUACACACCCCAGAGCCUCGCCAACCUCCGCUCCAUCUUUGAGGAGCUGGAGAGGAUGCCCAUGUCUGCAGGGCAGAAGAGAGACGUCUUUGGCGAUGAAGACGAGGAGGGUGAAGACGACGCGGCCCCUGGAGAGGAGUGGGUGCCCGUGGAGGAACGAGAGGAGACCGAAGAGAUGGUGAACGGGAGCCACGAGGAAGCUGACAGGGCCCUCGGGGAUCAGGAGGACGAAGACGGGGAGGAAGUGCAGCGACGUUCGGGUCAGGACCAGGAGGAUGCCAACGACGACACCAAGCUGGUCGAUUACUACCUCCUUAAAGUUCUGGAGAUGACCGAUCAGACACAGAAGAGGGACCAGACUGGAGAGCAACGUAAGAGGCUAAUCCGUCCCUCCAUUGUGGAUCCUCGUACGCUGAAGGAGCUUCUGGAGCUGUCGCUGAAGAUCCACGUCCCCCCGCAGGACCUCAUCGACAUGCUGCUGACCGAGGAGCUCCGGAAGCUCCACCGUAACCCGCUGCCCCCUUCGUCUCGCUACACGACCGGGCAAACCCCAAAAGUUCGCUACUUCAGUCGAAGACUGCCCGUGAAGAGCAAAGCCGCUGCCCCCGAGGACAUGGACCGAGAGGACUUUUUGGACAUCAUCGGCGUGGAGACGAUCAGUAACGAGUAUCCGGUGAUGCCCAGACCCAUCAAGACGUCCUCGGAUAGGAUCCCAGCGGGGAGCAACCCCGAUCCAAACGCGGGAUCGGUCAAAAUCCCGCCUCCGGCCGGACGCAGGGAGAAUCUGUUCUUGUCCGAGCUCAACAAGAUGCCCUUUCGACGUCAGGUUGACGACGGCGACGCCGAUGACGACGGCGACGUGGAGGACGAGGUGACCACUUAUCUGGCGGCCAAAAUCCUGACCGAGUACCCGCCCGAUGGCAUCGCCAAGCGGGACACCCAGGCGCAGACCAAGGGCCACUUCCCCUAUGAGCUGUACGAGAGGGCCGUGAAGGACUACUUGGGCCAGGCGGACUCUGGGCGCAGACCGGUGGCCAAGAGGGAGGCCGAGGAAGAGAAGCACACUGAGGUGCAGAGCAAGGAGGAGGAGGAGGAGGGGAUGAGGGCCAAGACCUCCGCCCCGGUUGCAGGCGCCACGUCGGGGGGAGAAGAAGGGGAGGAGCACCGUGACAAAGCCGUGGCUGGAAUGUAAACGCUAUGAUUAGAGUAUUUAAACUUUCUGUAUGGUGGAUGUGAUCUAGUUUACAAAUUUUAUUGUACAUACACACGCGCGCGCACGUACACACACACACACACACACACACACACACACACACACACACACACACACUGUACAUUUAGUCCCUAUUUGCUGCAAGGUCAUUAUAGAAAUAUAGUGACAUCAUAGGAAAUGAGACCAACAUAUUCAAAAGACAGGGUUUGCAACUUUGACUAAUCCGAAAAUUCUCAACCAGUAUCAAUAUCCAAUAAAAAGUCUAUAAUUGAGUCUUGUGACACUGUUCAAGUUUUGCAUUGUGUUUGUCGAAACAGAUUAGAUUAUCUUGAAAAGGAAUUGACUUCUGUUAAAUUGAAGUAUAUGUAAACUGUGACAGCCUCUAAAAGAUCCCAGCGCUUUCCUAACAUUUGAGAAUAUAAUCGAGGUUAUUUUCAAUUCAAGACGACUGGAAUGAUCGCUGCCGUGGCUCCGCGCAUAUUCAGGGUUUGUGAAGUUGUUGUUAUCAUGAUUAUGGAUCGUUAUUUACCAGUCUCAAUAUCAGCCUGCCUUCCGAUCGCUUUCAUACCGCAAAGCUCUGCAUUGUCAGCCUACCAGUGGUUGUGCUACGUAUGCUCAUUUUUAAACCAUUUUGUACAUGCUCAAUAAUGUGUGAUGAAGCACAGAUGAAUAAAGCAUCAGCGGUAUUAUUUUUCUUCUUGCUGAGUUGUGUUGCUUAUUAUU